AUGGGUUCUCGACCGAAGCCGCAACUCAAAGAGGAGGCUGUUCGGCGAGGUCCCCGGCUGGUUCCUGAGAGUCCUAACCACGAAGGGUAUCGUCCCGUGGUAUCGCAGCAGAGGCCGUAUGACGGUGCAGCUUUCAAUUUCGCUCAGGGUUUCGGGUCUAGGCCAGCCAUGAUGCCAUCAAAAACGCCCGCCAGCCCUCGCACGUCGCCGUCCCAACAAACACAAAAAACAAUGGCGUCCCUUGACGGUAGCCCUGUGGCCCCAUUCAUGCCAGGAGGUGCCGAGGUGCCCCGGAUCUCGCUUGAAAAUCCGACCACAACCCUCUUUGAGAGCCAGGUGGAGAUUCUUCUUUGGCCAGGGGAUGGCAAUCAAAUGGAUCUCACACUGGGACUCUCUGUUGAUCUUCUGAGGCUUAGCAGAAAUACGGCGUCGAGGCAGCAGCUCAAACGUCAAGAUGCUGUCACGGACGAUAGCGUCCCGACGUUCACGUCCGCCCUUGUCGUGACCCUCGAGGUUCCAACUUUAGAGGAUCUUCGUUGUGUACUUGCGACGUCGGUACUUGUUGAGGUGACUGUUCUCACCGAUCAACAGAAAGGCAACGGUACCGUACCGAGUACAAGUACAUACCCCACGGACGACCAGGGACUCCUUCCCGCCCGCUUUUCCCCUCAGCGUGGCAUCAACCCUCCUCGCGCCCUCGCUGCCUCGCUGCCACGCAGUGCUACGCUUCUCGCUGGCCCGCUAGCCAGUCCUGUCCCCCUGGUUCCGUCCCUCUUGGCUCACAGCAACUCACCAAUGUACCCCAUUUUUCACCUUUAG